AUGAGUUCCAGAGAUGAUUCGGCAUUGGAAGAUGGGAUUCGGAAGCCCUUAUUGCAUACCGGAAGUUGGUAUAGGAUGGCGUCGAGGCAGUCCAGCAUUAUGGGCUCCUCCGCCCAAAUGAUCAGAGAAUCCAUUUCCGUUUUCCUCUGUGUAUCCAUCGUCGCUUUGGGACCCAUUCAGUUCGGAUUCACCUGUGGAUAUUCGAGUCCUACGCAAGCUGAUAUAAUCAAUGAUCUGGGACUCACCAUUUCAGAGUUUUCAGUAUUUGGUUCAUUGGCCAAUGUGGGUGCAAUGGUUGGUGCAAUUGCAAGCGGGCAGAUUGCUGAAUACGUUGGACGAAAAGGGUCAUUGAUGAUAGCUGCAAUUCCUAAUAUACUUGGAUGGCUCGCCAUUUCAUUUGCAAAAGACUCGUCAUUUUUAUUCCUGGGAAGGUUGUUGGAAGGAUUCGGUGUGGGGAUUAUUUCUUACACGGUGCCCGUGUAUAUAGCAGAGAUAGCACCUCAGAACUUAAGGGGAAGCCUGGGUUCUGUAAAUCAGCUUUCAGUCACAAUUGGAAUAAUGCUCGCCUAUCUACUGGGAAUGUUUGUGCCUUGGAGAGUGCUUGCUGUCCUAGGAAUUUUGCCUUGCACACUGCUGAUUCCUGGUCUCUUUUUUAUACCGGAGUCUCCUCGUUGGUUGGCUAAAAUGGGGCUGAAUGAAGAUUUUGAAACUUCUUUACAAGUUUUGCGUGGAUUUGAAACAGACAUCUCAGUUGAAGUGAAUGAGAUCAAGAGAUCUGUGGGAUCAUCAACCAAGAGAACAACUAUACGUUUUGCGGAGCUUAAAAGAAGACAAUAUUGGUAUCCUUUGAUGCUUGGAAUUGGAUUACUAGUGCUCCAGCAACUGAGUGGUAUCAAUGGUGUUCUAUUCUAUUCCAGCAACAUAUUUAAAUCUGCUGGAAUUUCAUCUGGCCAAGCAGCAACUUUUGGACUUGGUGCUAUUCAGGUGGUUGCAACUGGAAUUUCUGUGUCAUUGAUAGAUAAAGCCGGUCGCAGGGUGCUUCUUUUGGUAUCCUCAUCACUGACAACAGCUAGCUGUCUUCUUGUUGCAAUCGCAUUCUAUUUGGAGGAUUUCAUACCUGAAAAUUCUCGUUCUGUAUUAGGGAUUUUGUCAUUGGUUGGUCUUGUGAUUUUGGUGAUUGGCUUCUCUCUAGGGCUUGGAGCUGUCCCAUGGGUUAUAAUGUCCGAGAUACUUCCAGUGAACAUCAAAAGUCUUGGCGGCAGUGUUGCAACAUUGUUCAAUUGGCUCACAGCAUCAGUGGUCACAAUGACGGCAAACUUGCUACUGACAUGGAGCAGUGGAGGAACAUUCGCCAUUUACGCAUUAGUAGCAGCUUUCACAGUAGUGUUUGUUAGACUUUGGGUUCCUGAAACCAAAGGAAGAACGUUGGAAGAAAUACAGUGGUCGUUCAGAUGA